AUGCUGAAUGGCACCGGAUUGACGGAGAAUGAAACGCAGAAUCUCUGCUCGGUCACCCAGGAGCUGGAGAACUGCUACUACGUCCAGGGGUGCUGCGAUGAAGGUAUGAUGAACCUGCCGGCGGACGUCGUGAGCUUCUACGCGGGAAUGGACUUCUACAUGGUCUGCCCUGGCUUCGAAUACAAAUGCCAAGGCCUGGGCAGCAGCAUUGGCAGCGGGAGCACGACCCAGGACGGUUACGGUGGCAGCACGAGCUACCAGGACUGUUCCACCCUCAGCGACUGUGACGCCCUCGUCGCCAACGCCAGCCAGUACUUCGGCAUGCUGAAUGAUACGAGCAACUUGACGUGGAGCGAGCAGUACAGUGUCUGCAUGUUGGCCGGCGAGAUGGAGAACUGCUUCUACACGCGUGGCUGCUGCGAUGAAGGUAUGUCGCAGCUUCCUGCCGACAUCGUGAACUUCUACCUGGCAACGAGCUUUCUCAGCUUCUGCCCGCAGAUCCUUGCAGGCUACGUCGCCUCAUGCCUAGGCAGCACCACGACUUCGUACAUCUCAGGCGGCUACGGCGGCUACGGCAGCUACACCAGCACCAGCGCGCCAGACAGCGGCUCCGCCGGGGGGUGCCAAGGCGAUGCGGAGACUUUCGAUGCCGGCUAUGGCCCGUGCAGCACGUAUGCCCCUGGCGGCAUGAACAGCGGCUGGUGCCAAUACGACAUGGACCAAAUGGGCAUGGUGGCCUACCAGGUCUGCCCGCAGUGUGGCAGCUGCUCGGCCGGAGCCGCCGUGGAGGAGGAGUUCGUCUCCCUGAAUUGCGACAAGUGCCGCAUCUCGGCGUGGACGUCGACAAGCAUCUGUCUGAAUGCCAGCGCCGGGCAAGUCAAGGCCUGCGCCAACGCCACGCUCGCGGAAAUGGGUUUCGCGUUUACCCUCGAGACCAACAGCACCUGUGCAGGUACGAUGUGCACGAUCUACACGGAGGAGACCAACAUGUUUCCCACAGACUACCAAGCGCCCUGCGGCACCUUCGCACUCGCGCAAGAUGCCUGCACCGCGAGCACAACGGAUGGCGCCUUCUUCAUCCGAUAUGGCCUUUGGCCGCUGAUGUCGCCCGUCCUCGCUGGCACGAUUCCCUCCGCGUUUGAAGGUCCCUGGGGCGAAGCGUGGGUGGCGGUGCUGUCCGUCCGUCCCUUUGCCCUGGCCAGCAACGCAGCCUGCUUCUGCGACGACUGCACCUACCCUUCGGCUGUUUCAGAUGUUGCAGAGUACCUCAUGACUCCGGGAGUGCUGAUGCACAUCGAUGCAGACUUGGCUGAGGGCUUGAACGCCAGCACUUUGCAGAAGGCGCGCAGCCAUCAGGUCCUCAGGGCAGCGUGCCCGAUGCUUGCGGCCAAGAGCUGCUUUGCGCAGAGCGCGAGCUGCACGGACUUCGCCGCGACGCUGUCGUUGGCUGGCACCUACUUCUCAGACCUCGAAGACCCGGAUGUGUCGACUUGCGCCGCAGCAGGAUACCCGACAGACGGCAGCGCCUACACUCUCACUUGCAACGCCUCGAACGCCACCAAUGCGAGUGGAGCUGGCAACAGCUCGAUGUCGUGCCCGGGUCUCUACCAGGACUUCUGCGGCGGGGACCAGUGCCUGGGAGGUGAUGGCCUCUGCCCAGCGGACGAGUCCCUCUGCUUCCAUCGCAGCUACACGCCCUACGGCACCUUUCUCGUCGGCGAAGACUACCACAGCUGUGCUCCUCCGGAGAGGGGCUGCGAUUGCGCCGAACCCUGGGAGGUGCAAUGCUUCCUCUGGUACCCCUACUCCGAGCCUCUUCCGCCCAAAAUCUGCGUGCCCGCGUCUUCGGGCUGCCAAGCUGAGGGAUACGUUUCCGUCGAGACGUGGGGCUCCAGCACCUACCAGCCAGGAGGCGGCUACGGCGGCGUCGUGGUGACCUGCCCGGAGCUGUACUGCUACCCGACACCGUACACGGACAACGGCACGAUCGAUUGGAACAACUACAACUGGAACAACGCAACUUGUUCCACCUGGGACGCAGGCUGCCCCUGCAACGACCAGUGGGAGGUCCAGUGCGACAGUUGGGGCUCCAAGUACUGCACGCCGAAGACCGUUGGUUGCUACGAUCCCUUCGACGUCGACUGCGGGGCUGGGCAGCAGAAGUGCCAGGAUGAGUUCAGCGCCUUCUGCUGGGAGACGUCCUGGGGCCCCUGCCCUCUCUACUGCACCAGCAACGAGACGCAGUGCUUCACGUAUGGCUACGACUCGCAUCGCAACCGACAUGGCCGGUGCGAUCAAGUCAGUAAGUUCACACCGCCUCCAGCACUCUCCGGCCUGGCGAGUGCAAAGAGCUUGGCGAGGAGCCAUGCGGCCCAAAGCAAUGAUUCAUCUCAGCGGGUUUUUUGUGGUGUCCUAGCAAAACUGCGCACCGGUGAAUCGGAUAUCGCCUCCGACAACACGACACGGCAGCUCCUGCCUUUGCCACUGAACUUGGCUGCAGGCUUUUUGGCGCCUGCAGCUUUCCGUAAAGUUCGCAACUGCUUGGGCUUCAACUUCCACUGGCUGCAGCGAACAGAACGUGCAGUCGCAAACAAAAACUCGCCGCAGCCAGUCGAGCGUCCAGCCGGCAGGUUCGGGAAUCAGAACUACUCCGCCGCGGACUCAGAACUUGACUACCAGGAGUUCUGCGCACCGAUGGCCACGGGCUGCCCCUGCGACGCUCAGUUCGAGAACAAGUGCGCGGAUCAGUGGGGUGCUCGCUGGCAUGCGCACAGAACACCCACCGAGGUCUUCGCGACCGGCAACAGAGCCGGACUUCGCAGUGAUAGCCAAAGUGACAAAGCUCGUUCGGUGGAGUUUCCAACUCUCGAAGGCAGGCUGGAACAUCGUUGGGCACAGGCCCCUCCAAGACCUGCUGGGGGCAGCAGCGAUCAUCGCGCCGCUGACAAGGUGCUGCGGAAGAACCUGGAAAGUCUGACUGUCGAGCACCGGGUAGGUGAGGUUCUUGACAAAGCUCUCUGGUGCUCUCUUGACGUCUCUGGUUGGGACGCCUCACAGGAGGCAGAUCUGGGCCAUCCUGACUGGAUGCUGCCUCACAACCAGACCUGCCACCCGAUCAACGAGCGGACCUGCCCUUGCCACGAGACCCACGAAGAAAAGUGCCGGGUGCUUGGAGACGAUGUGCUGAUCGUCUUGGACCCCGAAGAUUUUUCGGGAUUCGGGGUCUAG